UUACGAAACGCUGUCUGAUAUUUGACAAAACAAGGUUGCCAGGCAACCUGAUUGACUAAACGACUCUUAUUACCGUAAAUCUAGUUUCUAUUUUAUUUUUAUAUUCGUAUCGAGAGUUCUAAUUUGUAUCACGUAUUAAUCACGAAUCAUGGCGGAGAACGCGGACAAUCUGUCAGCGUUUAGUGUCGAAGGCGGGCAGGACACGGUAGGCUUGCCACGGAUCGUCAUGGUCACAGAGGGUUCUGACACUUCAGCGUCAUCCCCUUCAUCCACCUCCUCUUCCGAAGACAACUGGGCCGACCUAAUCAAGUCCUCAGAAAUACCACCAGAGUACUGGCACAUACAGAAACUGGUCAAGUACAUGAAAGCCGGCAACCAAACAGCGACAAUGGUAGCGCUUUCUUGCUUGAAAGACCAUGAUUUGACUAUCGAAGUAAAUCAAAGAGCUAUCCAGGAAAUCGGAGGUUUAGAGUUGCUUGUCAAUUUACUUGAAACACGCGACCUUUGCUGUGUUUUAGGCGGAUUAGCUGUUCUUAAAGAUAUAACCCCUAAUAUUGAAAUAAGGAAGAAAGUAACGGAUCUCGGAGCGAUUCCUUUGCUAGUAGGUUUGUUGUCAGACCCAGCUAGGGAUGUUCAAAUUCUUGCGGCGGAGACUAUAGCCAAUUUAGGCAAGAUUCGGAAGAGCAGAAAGUUCUGUCGAAAAUACGGAGGUUUGCCGAAGCUAAUCGAUUUGCUGGAUGUCAAGGAAAGGUAUCUCGUAACGCCUCGAGGAGAGCUGAAUCAAGACGAAUUACAGUUCUUAGACAUAGCGCGCGCCGGCGCCAAGGCUCUAUGGUCCAUGUCUUCUUCACAAAGAAACCGAGAGGCCAUGAGAAAGUACGGCAUAAUCCCUCUCAUCGCGAGACUCUUGAAGACCAUACAUUUGGACGUAGCAAUCCCGUCCACCGGACUCCUCCAAAUGUGUGCUAAUGAGACCUCCUUCCAACUAGCUAUACAGACGGAAAAGAUGGUCGAUGAUUUGAUAAAGCAUUUGACUAAUGAGGAUAAGGAUUUAAAGACGUAUUGCAGUUUGGCUAUCUACAAAUGCACAAGCGAUCCCAUCACUAGAGACAUGAUCAGAGAAGCAGGAGGGCUAGAAUUACUCGUAGAAGCUGCUUCGGAUCCUUCGAACAGAGCAAACAAACCUCUCAUGGCGGCCGUGACAGGGGCUCUAUGGAAAUGCGCUAAUAGUGAAGCUAGUGUGAAAAGGCUGGAUACUCUUCAAGCAGUGCCUAUAUUAGUGAAACUUUUGGAUGAUGAGAAUGAUGGAGUGUUGACGAAUGUGGCUGGUGCGUUGGCGGAGUGCGCCAAGUCGCCGCCGAAUAGGGACAAAAUUAGGGCCGCUGGGGGCAUGCCUAUGCUAAUUCACCAUCUCAACAACACACACAAGCCUCUUCUCGAAAAUGUGCCCCUGGUCAUAAUGGAGUGCGCGAAGGAACCCAGUUGCAUGCUCGCAAUAGACGAACUCGAUGGUGUGCGACUUGUGUGGUCCCUGCUCAAGAAUGAUUCGCCUAGAGUUCAGACAAAUGCGGCUCUGGCUUUGAGCCCUUGCGUGCAAAAUGCGGCGGAUUCUGGGGAGAUGGUCAGGUCGUUUGUUGGUGCUUUGGAACUAACGGUGGAUCUCCUAGACUCUGACGACCACAACGUGUUGUCAGCCGUCUGCGCAGCUAUCGCUACUAUAGCGAAGGACAACGAGAAUCUGGCAGUUAUAUCUGAUCAUGGCGUAGUUGGAAAACUUUCUAAGUUAGUGAACACAACAGACGACCAUCUCCGAGCCAACCUAGGCGUGGCGAUCGCCUACUGCUGCGACUGGGCCCAGAACCGCCAAGAGUUCAACAAGCGAGGCGCCAUCACACCCCUAGUCAACUGGAUGACGUCACGGGACCCUGACGUCCACCGCGCGACUGCCCUCGCCCUGUAUCACCUGUCCUUCUUCUCUAUCAACUGCGUGACUAUGCAUGCUGCUGGCGUUGUCCAAUUCCUGCUUGAAACCAUUGCCUCCAAGGACCCGAUUCUCCAAGAAGCAUCCGCUGGCUGUUUGUGUAACAUCAGGAAACUAGCACUCGCCACGGAAAAGAUCAAAUUGAAACAGUAACAUUUUUAAAACAUCAAAUGCGUAG